AUGGAUGAUCAUCGCAGACUGCUGGAUUUCUCCCGGAGGCCCCAGAUAAUCUUACACCGAAUAGAUUGCCUGCAGUGUGACAUUUAUUACCAGGAGAGGAGAUCCACUCUGGACCAGGAGGAGUUGGAACCUGUGCAGGUGAAACAAGAACAGGAAGAGCCAGAAGAUCAUCAGAUAAAAGAAGAGCAGGAGGAUCUAAAACACCAGCAGAUAAAAGUGGAAGAGAAAGAAGUUUACUGCAGUCAGGGUGAAGAACAGAUUGAAUUAAAACAGGAGACUGAUACCUGCAUGGUGGUUCCUGUUGAUGAGCAAACAGACCACACUGAAUCAGAACCAAACAGGAACCAAGACAUCUUCCAGGAAGCUGCUGAAGCUGAGAACCAAAAUCAGGAAAGAAGAAAACCUUUCUCAUGUGUCAUUAGUAAAAAGUGUUUGACUUUCAAAUCUGUUUUUGAUGCUCAUAUGAGAACUCAUACGGGUAAAAAGCAGUUUACAUGUAUGACCUGUGGGAAAGGUUUUAUUCGAAAAUAUGUUUUAACUAGGCACAUGAUGAUCCACACAGGUGAAAAGCCGUUUUCAUGUGUGACCUGUGGAAAAAGUUUUAUUCGAAAACAUCAUUUAACUCAGCACAUGAUGAUUCACACUGGCGAAAAGCCGUUUUCAUGUGUGACCUGUGGAAAAAGUUUUAUUCGAAAACAUCAUUUAACUCAGCACAUGAUGAUUCACACAGGUGACAUGCCGUUUUCAUGUGUGACCUGUGGAAAACGUUUUCUUCGAAAACUGGCUUUAACUCAGCACAUGAUGAUUCAUACUGGUGAAAAGUCAUUUUCAUGCGUGACCUGUGGAAAAAGUUUUAGGCAUAAAUAUGCUUUAACUCAGCACAUGAUGAUUCACACGGGUGAAAAGCCGUUUUCAUGUGUGACCUGUGGAAAAAGUUUUAUUCGAAAACAGGAUUUAACUGAGCACAUGAGGAUUCACACUGGUGAAAAGCCGUUUUCAUGUGUGAACUGUGAAAAACCUUUUAUGCAUAAAUCGGCUUUAACUAAGCACAUGAUGAUUCACACUGGUGAAAAGCCGUUUUCAUGUGGAAAUUGUGGAAAAAGUUUUUGUCAAAAACAAACUUUAAUUCGGCACAUGAUGAUUCACACAGGUGAAAAGCCGUUUUCAUGUGUGACCUGUUUAAAAAGUUUUAGUCAUAAAAAUAGUUUAACUAAGCACAUGACGCGUCACACAGUUGAAAAGCUGUAGAAUUAUGUUCCAUAAAUGUCCUGUGUUGUAUUUGUUAAAUGUGAUCAUUUUGAUCUUCACAUUUGGAUACGUAGAGAUGUUCAACCAUGACACAUUUUCCUUCAUUGAACGUUUUAUUUUUCUG